AUGGCGCUGGUCAGACUCAUCUACCCAGAAGCCAAAUGUCAACAAAACGAGUCCAAGCAACGCAGACCAGCCUUCAUAUCCACCGCCUCCUCCAUGUCCACCACCUCCUCCAUGUCCAUCACCUCCUCCAUGUCCACCCCCUCCUUCAUGUCCAUCACCUCCUUCAUGUCCACCUCGUCGUUUCUGUCCACCGUGUCCUAUUACAAUCCAUGUCCACCAUGUCCUGUUUCGCUUUUAUGUCCACCACCUUCAUUAUGUCCACCACCUCCUUCUUGUCCAGCAAGAAGUCACGAAUGUCUGAAGUGUGAAGCAGGCUGGGAGCUACAUGGAGGAAACUGUUAUAAGUUCAACACCAGGAAGUCCUCCUGGAAUGAGAGCAGACGUUCCUGCAAAGAUCUGGGAGGAGACCUGGUGAAGAUAGACAGCAGAGAGGAGCAGAUGUUCCUGGAAAUCAAACUCAGAGAGCUGAUGAUGGAGAACUAUGACAAGUUCUGGAUCGGACUAACAGACUCAGAGGAGGAAGACAGAUGGCUGUGGGUCGACGGAUCACCGCUGGAAGCGAGUCUGACGUUCUGGGCCAGCCGGCCGGAUAACCGAAGCAUGUUGGGUCAGGAAGAGGCUGACUGUGUGACAAUGGGCGACAAAAUAGGAGCUGAUGAUCUGAACAACUGGUUUGAUUCAUCCUGUGAUAUUCCUCAUAAAAGCAUCUGCGAUAAAGUCGCAGAAAUGGGACGGACUGAUUGUGAAGUCCUCCUGGACAGAGAGCAGACAUUCCUCAAAGAUCUGGGAGGAGACCUGGUGAAGAUAGACAGCAGAGAGGAGCAGGUUUUCAUGAUGAGCCGUCUACAGAGCUGUGAAGAAGGUGAAGUUGCUGGUUCUCAACAUGAGAACCCAACCAGAACCUCCAAGCUGCCAUCAGAGAAAGUGGUCCUGUUGGUUCUGGGCUCUCUGCUGGCUGUUUCUCUGGUCAUCAUCUGCAGACUCUCGUUUGUCAUGUUAGAGACCAACGAACAUCUCAACUCUCUGAAAGACAAGAAUGAAGCUCUGAGGAGAAAUAUCUCAGGUGAGAUCCAUUUGAAGAAAACACCAGACUGGGAGAACUAUCAAGAACGUCUUUAUUUUUUCUCCACCAAUAAGUCCUCCUGGAAUGAAAGCAGACGUUCCUGCAAAGAUCUGGGAGGAGACCUGGUGAAGAUAGACAGCAGAGAGGAGCAGGUGUUCCUGGAGAUCAGAGUGAGAGGUUUGAUGGAGGAAGCAGAGGACAAGUUCUGGAUCGGACUGACAGACGCUGAGGAAGAAGGAAGAUGGUUCUGGGUGGACGGAUCACCACUGAAUGAAAGUUUGAGUUUUUGGAGCGACGGAGAGCCCAACAACUACGCAGAGAGAACUCCAGCUGGAGAGGAUUGUGUGCCGAAGUGUAAGUUCUUCAAGAAGUGA